AUGGAAGGGAGGCCCCUGCGUUCACUUGUCCUUGCUGUCUAACCCCUCUCUCCUCUCCUGUCUGUGUCAUUAUAGACCUAUAUUAUGGAGGAGAGGCCUUCUCGGUGGAGCAGCCCCAGGCCUUCACCUGUCCCUACUGUGGCAGGAUGGGCUAUACGGAGACGUCCCUCCAGGAGCACGUUGCUGCGGAGCACACAGAGACCUCCUCAGAGGUGGUGAGUGGACAGGCAUAGAAACACACAAGUCUGAGUCAUUAGCCAAGCACCAGGGUACAUCCCUGCUGUGGAAAACCCUGUGGUGUAAAUCAUUGCGGUGGAACUCCCUGCAUUGUAGAUUUCUGCGGUGGCAAACCCUGAAGUGGAAACCCCUGUGGUGUAGAUUUCUACAGUGGAAAACCCUGUGGUGUAGAUUUCUACAGUGGAAAACCCUGUGGUGUAGAUUUCUACAGUGGAAAACCCUGUGGUGUAAUCACUGCAGUGGAAAACCUGUGCGUAAAUCCUGCAGUGGAAAACCCUGUGGUGUAGAUUUCUACAGUGGAAAACCCUGUGGUGUAGAUUUCUACAGUGGAAAACCCUGUGGUGUAGAUUUCCUACAGUGGAAAACCCUGUGGUGUAAAUCCUGCAGUGGAAAACCCUGUGGUGUAGAUUUCUACAGUGGAAAACCCUGUGGUGUAGAUUUCUACAGUGGAAAACCCUGUGGUGUAAAUCACUGCAGUGGAAAACCCUGUGGCGUAAAUCCCUGCAGUGGAAAACCCUGUGGUGUAGAUUUCUACAGUGGAAAACCCUGUGGUGUAGAUUUCUACAGUGGAAAACCCUGUGGUGUAGAUUUCUACAGUGGAAAACCCUGUGGCGUAAAUCCCUGCAGUGGAAAACCUUGGGUAGAUUCAUCAGUGGAAACCCUGUGGUGUAGAUUUCUACAGUGAAACCCGUGGUGUAGAUUUCUCAGUGGAACCCUGUGGCGUAAAUUCCCCAGUGGAAAACCCUGUGGUGUAGAUUUCUACAGUGGAAAACCCUGUGGCGUAAUCUACAGUGGAAACCCUGUGGUGUAGAUUCUACAGUGAAAAGCCUGUGGUGUAGAUUUCUACAGUGGAAACCCUGUGGGUAGAUUUCUACAGUGAAACCCUGUGGCGUAGAUUCCCUACAGUGGAAAACCCUGUGGUGUAAUUCUACAGUGGAAACCCUGUGGUGUAGAUUUCUACAGUGGAAACCCUGUGGUGUAGAUUUCUACUGGAAACCCUGUGGCGUAAAUCCUGCAGUGAAACCCUGUGGUUUAUUUCUACGUGGAAACCCUGUGUUUAAUUUCUACAGUGGAAGCCUGUGUGUAGAUUUCUACGUGAACCCUGGGUGUAGAUUUCUCGGGAAACCUGGGUGUAGAUUCUACAGUGGAAACCCUGUGGGUAAUCUACAUGAAAACCUGUGGUUAGAUCUAAGUGAAAGCCCUGUGUGUAGAUUUUCUCAGCGAACCUGUGUUGAUCUCAGCAAACCCUGUAGACCAGGAAACUUGUGUAUCUACAGGGAAAACCUGUCGUCCCCUGAAAUACAUCAUGCUCUAAUUAGAAGAGGGUGCAAUGUCCCAGCAUUCAGCCAUGCUCAGUAUGAACGCAAAAGACUUUAUGGUUCAAAUGUUGAUUGAAGCUCUUCCCUCCCUCUGCAUGAUCUGUCCAUAUGGCGUCGGCCCGCGGACCCAAUCACGUGACCGACGACUUCGCUGCUCAUCUCACACUUGAACACAGAGCCCCCAGAGACUUGAUAUCCUUUACCCCUCUCAACCUGGUUCCUCUUGGUUUCUUGGUUCUAGGGAGUUUUUUACUAUUUUCACCGUCCUUUCGCUUCUGCUUUGCUCGCUCUUUGGGGUCUAGACCGGCGAAAUGGAAAGCACUCUUGGGACAACUGCUGAUGUAAAAAGGGGCUAUGUAAAAUAAAUGUGAUUGAUUUGGUCUACUAUUGUCUGCUCUGCAGUCUAAACCCUAAACCAGAUUCUUGAUAUCCUUCACAGACAGACUACAACUCUGCUCUGCUCUUAGAAAUACAAUACAAUGCUCUAAUUGUAAGGGGCAUUCCACAGCAGUUCCACCAUGUAACAUGUCUAACGUGGAAAACCCCUUCAGGUCAGUGUAAAGCUCCCUGGCCAUGCUGCAUGGAACCACAGGGCCAUCCGCUGAACAGCACUGGGUACUGCAACAAACUGUCUGUGUCUGUCUGUCUGUCUGUCUGUCUGUCUGUCUCUCUGUCUCUGUCUGUCUGUGGCUCAUUAUGUCUAAUGUGAGUGUUGCAGUUUUAGCCUCUUGUGAGUGUGUGUUUUUAGAUCGGGGCAGAGAGAGUGCGUGUGUGUGUGUAUUUCAUGACGUGUCCGUGAUGUUCCUUGACGGUGUUGCUCCACGAUGAGUCGAGCGGGGUGCGGCACGUGCGUCGGAUGUUCCACCCGGGUCGGGGUCUGGGGGGGCCGAGGGCCCGGCGCUCCAACAUGCACUUCACCUCCUCAACCUCCGGAGGGGGCUCUACCACACAGACCUCUACCCAGAGCUCCAGCUACAACAGGGAAGCCAUGGAUCCUAUAGCAGGUAGGACAGACACAGACACAUACACACACACACACACACACAUACACACACACACACACACACACACACAGAGACAACCUCCACAGACCACUACAUCAGAGAGACACACACACAUAUACACACACACACACAGACCACCUCACAGAGCUCGAACUACAUCAGAGAGACACAACACCAUAUACACACACACACACAGACCACCUCACAGAGCUCAAACUACAUCAGAGAGACACACACACACACAGACCACCUCACAGAGCUCGAACUACAUCAGAGAGACACACACACACACAGACCACCUCACAGAGCUCAAACUACAUCACACACACACACACACACAGACCACCUCACAGAGCUCGAACUACAUCAGAGAGACACACACACACACAGACCACCUCACAGAGCUCGAACUACAUCACACACACACACACACACAGACCACCUCACAGAGCUCGAACUACAUCAGAGAGACACACACACACACAGACCACCUCACAGAGCUCGAACUACAUCAGAGACACACACACACACACACACACACACACACACACACACACACAUAUACACACACACACACACAGACCACCUCACAGAGCUCGAACUACAUCACACACACACACACACAGACCACCUCACAGAGCUCGAACUACAUCAGAGACACACACACACACACACAUACACACACACACACAGACCACCUCACAGAGCUCAAACUACAUCACACACACACACACACAGACCACCUCACAGAGCUCGAACUACAUCAGAGAGACACACACACACACAGACCACCUCACAGAGCUCGAACUACAUCACACACACAGACCACCUCACAGAGCUCGAACUACAUCAGAGAGACACACACACACACACACAUAUAUACACACACACACACACAGACCACCUCACAGAGCUCGAAAUACAUCACACACACACACACACAGACCACCUCACAGAGCUCGAACUACAUCACACACACAGACCACCUCACAGAGCUCGAACUACAUCACACACACACACACACAGACCACCUCACAGAGCUCGAACUACAUCACACACACACACACAGACCACCUCACAGAGCUCGAACUACAUCACACACUCACACACACAGACCACCUCACAGAGCUCGAACUACAUCACACACACACACACAGCAGAUUUGUCCAAAGAGAACAUGCACUGUGCAACACGCCCUUUAUAGACCAGGCUAGACAGUAAAGACAGUGUUUUGUGUUGCAAUGACCCAUUGCUUGAAGUUAUCCUGAUUUGGUUUCGGUGCCUGAUGUGUUUUUAAUGACUGGCACCGGCCACACGGACAGACGGAGCGGGUUCAGACAGACGGCCACACGGACAGACGGAGCGGGUUCAGACAGACGGCCACACGGACAGACCAAAGUAUUAAAUCCCUAUUUAUUUAUUUAUACUGUACAACGUACAUUCUAUUGUGUACAUAGGUAGCUUAGUGGGUAAGAGCGUUGUGCCAGUAACCGAAAGGUCGCUGGUUCUAAUCCCCGAGCCGACUAGGUGAAAAAUCUGUCGAUGUGCCCUUGAGCAAGGCACUUAACCCUAAUUGCUCCUGUAAGUCGCUCUGGAUAAGAGCGUCUGCUAAAUGACUAAAAUGUAAUGUAAAUGUACAUAAAAGUGCUGCUUGAUGACAGUGCCUUCAGAAAGUAUUCACACCCCUUGACUGUUUCCACAUUUUUUUGUUGUGUUCCAGCCUGAAUUUAAAUAGUGUAAAGUACAUGUCGGAUAAAAGAUGAUACGACAGGAUGUAAACUGCUGCACUGAACAAAAAAUGUAAAUGCAACAUGUAAAGUGUUGGUCCCAUGUUUCAUGAGCUGAAAUAAAAGAUCCCAGAAAUGUUCCGUAUGCACAAAAAGCUUAUUUCUCAACAAAUGUGUUUGUUAUCCCUGUUAGUGAGCAUUUCUCCUUUGCCAAGAUAAUCCAUCCACUUGACAGGUGUGGUAUACAGUGCCUUCGGAAAGUAUUCAGACCCCUUCACUUUUCCCACAUUUUGUUACGUUACAGCCUUAUUCUAAAAUGGAUUAAGUAAAUGUUUUUACUCAUCAAUCUACACACAAUACCCCUUAAUCAAAAAAGCGAAAAACAGGUUUUUAGACAUUUUUGCAAAUUUUAUUUAAAAAAAGUAUUCAGACCCUUUGCUAUGAGACUUGAAAUUUGAGCUCAGGUGCAUCCUGUUUCCAUUGAUCAUCCUUGAUGUUUCUACAACUUGGAGUCCACUUGUGGUAAAUUCAAUUGAUUGGACAUGAUUUGGAAAGGCACACACCUGUCUAUAUAAGGUCUCACAGUUGACAGUGCAUGUCAGCGCAAAAACCAAGCUAUGAGGUCGAAGGAAUUGUCAGUAGAGCUCCGAGACAGGAUUGUGUUGAGGCACAGAUCUGGGGAAGGGUACCAAAACAUUUCUGCAGCAUUGAAGGUCCCCAAGAACACAGUGGCCUACAUCAUUUUUAAAUGGAAGAUGUUUGAAACCACCAAGACUCUUCCUAGAGAUGGCCGCCCGGCCAAACUGGGUAGAAGGGUCUUGGUCAGGGAGGUGACCAAGAACCCGAUGAUCACUCUGACAGAGCUCUAAAGUUCCUCUGUGGAGAUGGGAGAACCUUCCAGAAAGACAACCAUCUCUGCAGCACUCCACCAAUCAGGCCUUGAUGAGUAGAGUGACCAGACGGAAGCCACUCCUCAGUAAAAGGCACAUAACAGCCCGCUUGGAGUUUGCCAAAAGGCACCUAAAGGACUCAGACCAUGAGAAGCAAGAUUCUCUGGUCUGAUGAAACCAAGAUUGAACUCUUUGGCCUAAAUGACAAGUGUCACGUCUGGAGGAAACCUGGCACCAUACCUACAGUGAAGCAUGGUGGUGGCAGCAUCAUGCUGGCAGCAUCAUUCUGUGGGGAUGUUUUUCAGUGGCAGGGACUGGGAGACCAGUCAGGAUCGAGGCAAAGAUGAACGGAGCAAAGUACAGAGAGAUCCUUGAUGAAAAGCCCGGACUUGAACCCGAUCUAACAUCUCUGGAGAGACCUGAAAAUAGCUGUGCGGCAACUCUCCCCAUCCAACCUGACAAAGCUUGGGAGGAUCUGCAGAGAAGAACGGGAGAAUCUCCCCAAAUACAGGUGUGCCAAACUUGUAGCGUCAUACCCAAGAAGACUUGAGGCUGUAAUCGCUGCCAAAGGCGCUUCAACAAAGUGCUGAGUGAAGGGUCUGAAUACUUAUGUAAAUGUAAUAUUUCAGUUUCUAUUUGAUAAAUUAGCAAACAUUUCUAAACCUGUUAUUGCUUUUUCAUUAUGGGGUAUUAAUACAUUUUAGAGUAAGGCUGUAACCUAACAAAAUGCGGAAAAAGCCGCCUCAAACCUUUUUAAAGAUAAUUUGGCAGUACGUCCAACCGGCCUCACAACCGCAGACCACGUGUAACCACGCCAGCCCAGGACAUCCACAUCCGGGUUCUUCACCUGCGGGACGUCUGAGACCAGCCUCCCGGACAGCUAAUGAAACUGUGGGUUUGCACAACCGAAGAAUUUCUGCACAAACUGUCAGAAACCGUCUCCGAGAAGCUCAUCUGCGUGCUCGUCGUCCUCACCUUGACCUGACUGCAGAUCUGCGUCGUAACCAACAGUGGGCAAAUGCUCACCUUCGAUGGCCACUGGCACGCUGGAUAAGUGUGCUCUUCACGGAUGAAUCCCAGUUUCAACUGUACCUGGCAGACAGCGUGUAUGGCAUCGUGUGGGCGAGCGGUUUGCUGAUGUCAACGUUGUGAAGAGAGUGCCCCAUGGUGGCGGUGGGGUUAUGGUAUGGGCAGGCACAAGCUACGAACAACUAACACAAUUGCAUUUUUAUCAAUGGCAAUUUGAAUGCACAGCGAUACCGUGACGGGAUCCUGAGGCCCAUUGUCGUGCCAUUCAUCCGCCGCCAUCACCUCAUGUUUCAGCAUGAUAAUGCACGACCCCAUGUCGCAAGGAUCUGUACACAAUUCCUGGAAGCUGAAAAUGUCCCAGUUCUUCCAUGGCCUGCAUACUCACCAGACAUAUAUCACCCAUUUGAGCAUGUUCGGGAUGCUUUGGAUCGACAUGUACGACAGCGUGUUACAGUUCCCGCCAAUAUCCAGCUACUUCGCACAGCCAUUGAAAAGGAGUGGGACAACAUUCCACAGGCCACAAUUGACAGCCUGAUCAACUAUGCGAAGGAGAUGUUGUGCUGCAUGAGGCAAAUGGUGGUCAUACCAGAUACUGACUGGUUUUCUGAUCCACACCUCACCUUUUUUGUUUUUUUGGUAUCUGUGACCAACAGAUGCAUAUCUUUAUUCCCAGUCAUGUGAAAUCCAUAGAUUACGGCCUAAUGAAUUUAUUUCAAUUGACUGAUUUCCUUAUAUGAACUGUAACUAUAUAUUUCUGUUCAGUGUAAUUUGUUAGUAAACUUUCCAAAUGUCGACAAAACAAAAUACAAGAUGGGAUCUGUUUCUCUGUAAAAUGUAUUAUGCGAGAAAUGGAGGUGGAAAUACUUUUUUUUGUUUUUAUGCGCAAAAAUUGAUAUAAUAACCAUCAUAUAGAAGUAAACUUGGGAGUCACACAAUGACAUGUUGUGUGGUCCCUCCCACUACGACUCGGGAAGCCAUGCAGUUUUAUUAGGCUACAGAUGAAAAAUAAGUUAUGAUGAAUUUCACAGGGUGGUGAAAGUGCAAAGGUGAUGAGCUUGAUGAUCCUUUCCAAUAAAUAUCAAGGGUCUUAUUCUGGUGACAUGAUGAUCAAUGCUUGGCUGCCGUUUUGACACACACAAAAAAAUAACCUCGCUCUUUUUGUCCAUAAUCUUGUAAUGUAGGCUAUACUCGCACUGUAUCUGCCAGCUGUUGGCUAGAGCGCACGUGCCACUACCAGAGUUGGCGCAUUCACUGUAUAGAGUCGCCACACUGUGUUGCUUCCGUCCCUCUCCUCGCCCCCAACCUGGGCUUGAACCAGGGACCCUCUGCACACAUCGACAACAGUCACCCUCGAUGCACCGUUACCCGUCGUUCCACAAAAGCCGCGGCUCUUGCAGAGCAAAGGGAAACAACUACUUCAAGGGUCUCAGAGCGAGUGACGUCACCGAUUUGAAACGCUACUAGCGCGCACCGCUAACUAGCGCGCAACGCUAACUAGCUAGCCAUUUCACACCGGUUACAUAUACAGGUGUAAUGUUCGCUAUAUAACAACAUGUUUUGUGACAGAACCAUCAGUAGAGUGUAAAAUGCGAUGGAAACCCAUUUAAAAAACUUGUAUUUUUUUAUUGGGAAUGGGAAUUUAACCACAAGUUAUUUUUAUGUGCGCUAUGUCAUCACGCACAGACAUUUACCAGCAACAAGUCAAUUUGAUGGAAACAUCUCUGGUGGGGAAAAUGUGCAUAUUUUAUUUGAGGAUUUUAGAAUAUUCACAUAAAUCUGUCGCCAAUUGGAUGGAAACCUAGCUACGGAUCUACACACACAUACCCCAUAAUGUCAGUAGAAUUAUGUUUUUAGACAUAUUUACAAAUUGAUUUAAAAGACAUUUCAGCUUUAUUUGAGACUAAGUAUUCAACCCCUUUUUGUUAUGGCAAGCUUAAAUAUACUGAACAAAAAUAUAAACGCAACAUGCAACAGUUUGAAAGAUUUUACUGAGUUACACUUCAUAGAAGGAAAUCAGUCUAUUGAAAUACAUCCAUUUGGCUUAAUCGAUGGAUUUCACAUGACUCGGCAGGGGCGCAGCCAUGGGUGGGCCUGGGUGGGUAUAGGCCCACCCACUUGGGAUCCAGGUCCACCCACUGGCCAGCCAGCCCCAGCCAAUCAGAGUGAGUUUAUCCCCACAAAAGAGCUUUAUUACAGACAGAAAUACUCCUUUUUGUCAGAUGUUACUAUGGUAUACUGAAGUAUAAUUACAAGCAUUCCAUAAGUGUCAAAAGCUUUUAUUGACAAUUACAUUAAGUUUAUGCAAAGAGUCAAUAUUUGCAGUGUUGUUGACCCUUCUUUUUCAAGACUUCUGCAAUCCGCCCUGGCAUGCUGUCAAUUAACUUCUGGGCCACAUCCUGACUGAUGGCAGCCCAUUCUUGCAUUAUCAAUGCUUGGAGUUUGUCAGAAUUUGUGGGGUUUUGUUUGUCCACCCACCUCUUGAGGAUCGACCACAAGUUCUCAAUGGGAUUACGGUCUGGGGAGUUUCCUGGCCAUGGACCCAAAAUGUCGAUGUUUUGUUGUUCCCAGAGCCACUUAGUUAUCACUUUUGCCUUAUGGCAAGGUGCUCCAUCAUGCUGGAAAAGGCAUUGGUCGUCACCAAACUGUUCUUGGAUGGUUGGGAGAAGUUGCUCUUGGAGGAUGUGUUGGUACCAUUCUUUAUUCAUGGCUGUGUUCUUAGGCAAAAUUGUGAGUGAACCCACUCCCUUGGCUGAGAAGCAACCCCACACAUGAAUGGUCCAAGACGCUUUACUUGUUGGCAUGACACAGGACUGAUGGUAGCGCUCACCUUGUCUUCUCUGGACAAGGUGUUUUUCCGGAUGCCCCAAACAAUCGGAAUGGGGAUUCAUCAGAGAAAAUGACUUUACCCCAGUCCUCAGCAGUCCAAUCCCUGUACCCUUUGCAGAAUAUCAGUCUGUCCCUGAUGUUUUUCCUGGAGAGAAGUGGCUUCUUUGCUGCCCUUCUUGACACCAAGCCAUCCUCCAAAAGUCUGCGCCUCACUGUGCGUGCAGAUGCACUCACACCUGCCUGCUGCCAUUCCGGAGCAAGCUCUGCACUGGUGGUGCCCCGAUCCCGCAGCUGAAUCAACUUUAGGAGACGGUCCUGGCGCUUGCUGGACUUCCUUGGGCGCCCUGACGCCUUCUUCACAACAAUUGAAUCUCUCUCCUUGAAGUUCUUGAUGAUCCGAAAAAUGGUUGAUUUUAGGUGCAGUCUUACUAGCAGCAAUAUCCUUGCCUGUGAAGCCCUUUUUGUGCAAAGCAAAGAUGACGGCACGUGUUUCCUUGCAGGUAACCAUGGUUAACAGAGGAAGAACAAUGAUUUCAAGCACCACCCUCCUUUUAAAGCUUCCAGUGUGUUAUUCUAACUCAAUCAGCAUGACAGAGUGAUCUCCAGCCUUGUCCUCGUCAACACUCUCACAUGUGUUAACGAGAAAAUCACGACUGUGUAUAUACACCUGUUCUGAAAGGUCCCCAGAGUCUGCAACACCACUAAGCAAGCGGCACCAUGAAGACCAAGGAGCUCUCCAAACAGGUCAGGGACAAAGUUGUGGAGAAGUACAGAUCAGGGUUGGGUUAUAAAAAAAAUAUCAAACUUUGAACAUCCCACGGAGCACCAUUUAAAAAUCAAUUUUAAAACAAAUUGAAAGAAUAUGGCACCACAACAAACCUGCCAAGAGAGGGCCGCCCACCAAAACUCACGGACCAGGCAAGGAGGGCAUUAAUCAGAGGCAACAAAGAGACCAAAGAUAACCCUGAAGGAGCUACAAAGCUCCACAGCGGAGAUUGGAGGAUCUGUCCAUAGGACCAGUUUAAGCCGUACACUCCACAGAGUUGGGCUAUACGGAAGAGUGGCCAGAAAAGCCAUUGCUUAAAGAAAAAAAUAAGCAAACACGUUUGGUGUUCGCCAAAAGCCAUCUGGGAAAUGUCUUGGAAUGGCCUAGUGAAAGCCCAGACCUCAAUCCAAUUGAGAAUCUGUGGUAUGACUUAAAGAUUGCUGUACACCAGCGGAACCCAUCCAACUUGAAGGAGCUGGAGCAGUUUUGCCUUGAAGAAAGUGCAAAAAUCCCAGUGCCUAGAUGUCCCAAGCUUAUAGAGACAUACCCCAAGAGACUUGCAGCUGUAAUUGCUGCAAAAGAUGGCUCUACAAAGUAUUGACUUUGGGGGGGUGAAUAGUUAUGCACGCUCAAGUUUCUGAACGCUUAUUUCUUGUUUGUUUCACAAUGAAAAAUAUUUUGUAUCUUCAAAGUGGUAGGCAUGUUGUGUAAAUCAAAUGCACUCACUAACUGUAAGUCACUCUGGAUAAGAGCGUCUGCUAAAUGACUAAAAUGUAAAUUAUACAAACCGCCCAAAAAAAUCUAAUUCCAGGUUGUAAGGCAACAAAAUAGUAAAAAUGCCAAGGGGGGGGGUGAAUACUUUCACAAGCCACUGUACAGGCGUCCUUCCUAACUUAGUUGCCGGAGAGGAAGGAAACCGCUCGGGGGUUUCACCAUGAGGCCAAUGGUGACUUUUAAAACAGAGGUUAAUGGCAGUGAUACGGAGAGAACUGAGGAUGGAUCAACAACGUUGUAGUUACUCCACAGUACUAACCUAAAUUAGAGUGAAAAGAAGGAAGCCUGUACAGAAUAAAAAAUAUUCCAAAACAUGCAUCCUGUUUGCAAUAAGGCACUAAAGUAAUACUGCAAAAAAUGUGGUAAAGAAAUGAACUUUUUGUCCUGAAUACAAAGUGUUUUGUUUGGGGCAAAUCCAACAUGGCACUGAGUACCACUUCAUAUUUUCAAGCAUGGUGGUGGCUGCAUCAUGUUAUGGGUAUGCUUGUCAUCGGCAAGGAUAAAAAUAAACGGAAUAGAGUACCAAAGGCGAAUAUAUUGGUAAGUCACCUUGUCCGGCAGAGAUUUACGGUUAUCAAAUCGUCACUCCGGGGUAAGCCUACACGAAACACAGCCCUUAUUUUAAGUGUUUCUAAAAUCCCCUAUGGGGGAAAAUGAAUGGUGGGGGAAAAAACGAUUUGGAACCAUUUCCCUGUUUUGACCGCUAGGUUUUAUGGGUAUUAUGACACAUGCACUGUAGGUCUCAAUAGAGCUAAGCACAGGCAAAAUCCUAGAGGAAAACUUGGUUCAGUCUGCUUUCCACCAGACACUGGGAGGCUAAUUCACUCUUCAGCAGGACAUGCUUAAAACACAAGGCCAAGUAUACACGAGUUGGUUACCAAGACAACAUCGAAUGUUCCCGAGUGGCCUAGUUACAGUUAAUCCCACUUUAACACAUCAAAAUGUGGAAAAAGUCAAGGGGUGUGAAUACCUAUCUGAAGGCAGUGUGUAUACGUUACUUAUUUUACAGCUUUCUCCUGCUACUUAUUUUUUAUUAGACUUUUGAUUAUUUGUAUUUGUACUGCACUGUUGAGGGAGCUUGAAAGUAAGCAUUUCACUGCACCAUUUAUAUCUACUGUGUACGUGACGAUUAAACAUGGAUUUGAUAUGGUGUUUCCAAACAGGAGUCAAAAUCAUCUCACACUCACUCUUUCCAAGACCUGUCAGGUUAGGGUUGAAUUAAUGAAUUUUCUGUGACUCCCUCAAUCUCUCUCCCCCCUCCCUCCCUCUCUCUCCCCCCUCUCAGAGCUUCUCUCCCAGUUGUCGGGGGUGCGUAGGUCAGCGGGCGGCCAGCUGAAUUCAGGUCCUUCAGCCUCCCAGCUACAGCAGCUCCAGGUAGGUCAGAGGUCAGAGGUUAGAGAGGCAAGCCAGCAACCAGAGGGUCGCAGGUUUGAAUCCCAGCUCGCUCCUUUUGCUGGUGUCAGUAUCCUAGAAUCUAUUAUGCCCUUAAAGCACAGCACUGAAACCCUUACUCUCCUACUUCUCCUGAGCCCCCUAAUCUUCUACUACUCCUGAACCCCUUAACUCCUACUGCUCCUGAACCCCCUUAAGUCCUACGGCUCCUGAACCCCCUUAACUCCUACGGCUCCUGAACCCCCUUAACUCCUACUGCUCCUGAACCCCCUUAAGUCCUACGGCUCCUGAACCCCCUUAACUCCUACUGCUCCUGAACCCCCUUAACUCCUACGGCUCCUGAACCCCAUUAACUCCUACUGCUCCUGAACCCCCUUAACUCCUACUGCUGCUGAACCCCCUUAACUCCUACUGCUGCUGAACCCCCUUAACUCCUACUGCUGCUGAACCCCCUUAACUCCUACUGCUGCUGAACCCCCUUAACUCCUACUGCUCCUGAACCCCAUUAACUCCUACUGCUCCUGAACCCCCUUAACUCCUACUGCUGCUGAACCCCCUUAAUUCCUACUUCUCUUUCUCCUCCUCCACUAGAUGCAGCUCCAGUUGGAACGACAGCAGACCCAGGCUGCCAGACAGCAGCUGGAGUCGGCCCGGAGCGCCACGCAACGCGGCAGCCGCGCCUCCACCAACGCAGGGCUGAACGCCAACCCCAGCCCAGGGCAUCACAACGCCAACCCCAGUUCCAACUCUUGUAACCCCAGUCCCCAACCCAGGGCAGCACGAGUCCAACACACACACACAGAACAGCAACUCCCAGUUCCUCCUCAACAGGUUAGCUACUGUCUGCUACACUUCAUUUAACCUUUUUCAUUUUUAGUGGUUAUUCUAAUUUAGAGAAUUAUCUCUUGAACAAGAGACUUGUUCUGAGGCUGUCUGCUACAUGCAGGGAAUGGAUUGUGUUUAAUGGAGCGCCAUCUCUCUCUCUCCCCCCUCCCCCUUUCUCUCCCACUCCCUUUCUCCCCCCCCUCCCCCUUCCUCCCCCCACUCCCCUUUCUCUCCCCCUCCCCUUCUACCCCCUUCUCUCCCCCUCUCCUCUUCUCUCCCCCUCUCCCCUUCCCCCCAACUCCCCUUUCUCUCCCCCUCCUUCUCUCCCGCUCUCCCCCUCUCCUCCCCUCCCCCUCCCCCUUUCUCUCCCCUCCCCCUUCUCUCCACCCUCCCCUCUCUCCCCCCCCCCUUUCUCUCCCCACUCCCCCUUUCUCUCCCGCCUCCCCCUUUCUCUCCCACUCCCCUCCUUUCUCUCCCUCGCCCCUCUCUCCCCACUCCCCCUUUCUCUCCCGCCUCCCCCUUUCUCUCGCCCCCCCUCCCCCUUUUUCUCUCCCCACUCCUCCCCCUUUCUCUCCCCACUUCCCCCCCCUUUCUACCCCCAUCCCCUUUCUCUCCCCACUCCCCAUUCUCUCUCCCAACUCCCCCCCCCCUUUCUCCCGCCUACAAGACUGAGUGAGCCGAGGUUGUCGGAGGCGGAGCGUCAGCUGAAUGAGGGCCAAUGGGCGGACCGCUCUCUCUUCGUCACCGAGCUCCUCCUCUCCACCCUGCUGGCCAAUCCCGAACACAGCGAAGACGACGAUCUCCAUGACUACCACGACGCCGUGACCCGAGGCCCGGACGCAUUCAGUGAUUUCGUCACCUUCGGAGACAUGGGCUGCGCGGAGGUCAUGACCUUGGACGUGGCGUUGGAGAACCUCAACCUCCGAGAACAGAAGGAGCAGCAGCCCCCGUCUCUUUGACGACGUCACCGCCGGCUGCAACGUUUAAAACCACCGACUGCCGUUACUGACCGGUCACAGCUCUUUUCAGCUUUGGUUGUUAUUAUUUUUGUUUUCUUUAUUUGGCUGGGUGAUGUCAUCUCACUUCUGUCACCCCUCCCUCCCUCGACCCACCCCCCCCACCCACCCCCCCGUUGUGUACCUGAAGUCGGGAGCAAGACGUGUGAACGUGAGAGAGCGAGUGUCUGAACUACAUAUAUAUAUAAAAAUCUAUAUAAAUAAAUCUAUAUGAAAGAAAGCCAAUAAUCAACUCGGCAUAAAGCUGUGUGUUUUUGACCCUAACAGCCCAAGGUAGGACGGGCAGGUAGCCGUUUGAUAAUGAUCAUAAACGAGGGCAGCACAGGCACACAGGGAGAGACAGACAGACUCUCCCCAGGAGCUGAGCUGCUCUCUGUUAAUGGUUAUUAAUAAUAAAACGUGCUUGGCUGGUUUACCACAACAAACGUUGGCAUGUUGAGAUUUUUCACCCUUAACUACUUUCCAUUAAGCACCAUAUUAAACCGCUAUCAAAAUGGGGAGUUAGACGUUUAAUCUCUAUGAUGAUACCCAUCUCUUUAGUCCUAAAUUAUAGCUUAUUUGUUCAGUCUCCAUGGGUACUUACCUAACCUGCUAUCAUUAUAGGGGUGUUCAAUUCUACACAAAUUAUUAUUUUCCUCAGACUUGAUUGAUGGUUUUAAUUUAUUUAGCUCCUCCCCCUACCCAGGAUGACAUCACUUAUGGGGUCAUGUGACCUUGCUUUGUGCCAACUGAACUGUGGACCCUUUUGAAUUUCAUAUGCAAACUGUAUGCAGUUUCUGUGGAUAUAAUACUACAUAUGCGCUACAUAAAGAGGUCAUAGACAUGCAACAUGGGAAGGCCAUAGGACAAUCACAUGAAAACUAACCUGAUUCUAUUCUCUCUCCUGACAGUUUCCUUGUUGUUUUGCUGGACUGAUAGGCCUUUUCUCAAUUGGAUUUGCUCAACUCCUGCAUCCUCCCUCUUCCAUCCUCUGGCCUCCUUUUGAAAAAGGUCAAAGGUAAUCGAGGAGAGGGGAAAGUGGAGGAAAAUGCGCUUGUAUAAAAUGACUCCUCCAAUCGCGCGUCAUCGGGCAA